UUAACGGAUUCGGGUACAACGGCGACGAACAAUCCCAGUCUGUAUGUGUAUUUUGUGUGCUAUCCAGUGUUGUUGGCCUGUUGCACGGCAGGUAGCCCGUUGAUCAUGGCUGCACGAUUGCAUGAUUCGGAAAGCCGCAAAUCAUCGACAACGGUUUACAUGGUGUGCUCGGCAUUGGGAAAUCUUUGCAUUCUCUGGUCAAUAUUGCCGGAUUAUAUAACAGCAACCGUAAGCUUUGGUGCGAAUGUUGAGAACGGCUCGGAUCAGGCCAAUGAUUCUUACGCAAACUUUUACACAGCGUAUAAAGGCUUCGCAGCGUUUUUAAAUGAGACUGCUACGCAGUUCGCAGACUGGACGCUGAUAAUAUUUGCCGUUGAACGGUUAUUAGUUGCGUUACGACCUUUAUCCAAUGCAUUGACCAGAACCGUUACAGCAACAUGGCGACGUGCCAUCCUGAAAGAGUGCGCUAUUUUAAGUUUGUCGAUAAUGUUUUCCGUAUCCAAUUUGUGCACCUACUACUACUAUUACAUUUCUGGGAACCGGACGCUGAUACUGCAAGACGACUUACCACCACCUUUGAAAACCUGGUACCAGCUGCAAGAAGACGCCGAGAUGGGAAUGUGGUACGCUAAAUGGCUGACAAUGCUGAUACUGGACAUUUCUCUAAUUGUGGUCUUGUGGCGACACCGAACAGCCUUUCGAAAAUCCGUCAUUAAGCGCAGCAAGACUUGCGGCACACGCACUGCGAAUGCCACGGUCCUCGGCAGUCUACUGCUGUACAUGGUGACACAGUUGCCCUAUGUCCUGCUGUCGUGUCUGAAAAUAGCCAGUCGUCCUCCAUACUGCUCUUAUCCAAUGACGUAUGAACAAGAAAGCCGGGCCCGACCAAUCGUAUACAUCGUCCAGUGGAGCAACUAUUCGGUGACCUUUCUCGUAUAUUAUUCAGCCAGUUUGACGUUUCGCAAGCAGUGUAGAGCUUUAUGCAAAACAAUAAGCCAUCCUGCACGGCAAGCGCACCAAACUUUAACCAGGAUAAUCACGGUAACGAAGAGUGCAGAGUCAUCAACGCUAAAAAGCGCUAAAAGUGUGACGUUUAACACAGCCGGAAAUAAGGGUAUUUCAGCGCCGGAAGCGUUCGAAUUUCAUAACGAAAUGAAAGAUUAAACGCUGUUUUUUUUUAUUGCAAUUUGUGGUAGU